AUGAGAAUUGCCGAGUUAUCCUCGCCGGAGCUCCGGCCAUUCCACCGAGAAACGGAGACUCACCACCCUUUCCUCUCCCAAAUCGAAGCAAUCGUCAAGCAACUCGAAAACCACUCCUCCGACAAACCGCCGCCGGAGACCGGCGCUGCCGAUCUCCGCCAAUGCCUGACUCAGCUGAGUCAACUCGCUCCGUUUCCCAACUCAUUGAAGCUUCAGAUUUGGAAGCUAAGCUACCGCCUCUGGAAUGCCUGCGUCGACAUCUCCAACACCACCACUAUCCGCUCCUCCUCAUCCGCCACCACCGCCGCUGCUGAAAGCCACGCCGAACUCCGGCACAUCGCCGCCGACCUUCUGUCCGUUGCUGGCGAGGUCGCCGGCGUCCCCUCUCCGGCAAUCAAGUCGGCGUCGUUCUACCACAAGACCGGUCUCAUAUGGCACAACCUCCGUAAAUUUGAUCUCGCCUCGAAAUGCUUCGAGCGAGCCACCGAUCUAGUCUCCAAGCUCGACAUCGCUUCGAUCCCCGACGCCGGAGAGCGAAAACUGUUGCUGGAUCUGAACCUGGCACGUUCCCGAACCGCGUGGGAGGUUCGGGACCCGAACCUGGCGGUGACGCUGCUGAACCGAAGCAAGAGCUUGGUCUUCGGUUCGUGCGAGCACCACAAGGAGCUGGCGAAGCAGUUCAUGGCGUUCGGCAAAAGCUCUUUGUCGAAGAGCGGCGAAGACGCCAAUCGCGAUUUAAGCGAAGCGCUGAAGCUGAUGAACGAGGCGUUAGAGAAUUGCGAGAGGGGAUUCAGUGCGGCGAGGACACGGGAAGAGAAGGUGGAAGUCAGAGGGUUGAGGUGGAAGGUUUUGAGGUUCAUAGCCGCGAUCCAUUUGCAGAAAGAGGAAUUUGAGAGUGUAAUUAAGUGUGUGAAGGUUCUCAGAGAUUCUGCUGAGGGUGGUGAUGACCAUCCGAGCCUUUCGGUGUUGGCGAUGAAGGCUUUGUUAGGGUUAGGGAGGUAUGGAGAAGCGGAGAGAGAGUUGAGGGGAAUGGUAAUUGAUCGAGGGAUUCCGGAAGGGGUUUGGGUGUCGGCGGUGGAGGCCUAUUUUGCGGCAGCGGGGACGGCGGGGGCGGAGACGGCCAAGGGGGUGUUCUUGGCGCUGUUGGGAAGGUGCCAUGUUAGUGCGGGUGCGGCGGUGAGGGUGGCGCACAGGGUGGUCGGUGGUGGUGGUGAAGGAGGAAAAGUAAGGGCUAAGGUGGUUGCUGAGCUUGUUUCUGAUGAAAGGGUUGUGGCCCUCUUCGCAGGAAAGGAAACUGCUAAGGAUAGAGUGGCAAUGCAUGCUGUUCUGUGGAAUUGUGGCGCUGAUAAUUUUCAAUCAAAAGAUUAUGAGACCAGCGCGGAACUCUUUGAAAAAUCAAUGCUAUAUAUUCCUUACGAUACAGAGAACAGAAUACUUCGAGCCAAAGGCUAUAGAGUUUUGUGUCUCUGCCACCUUGGUCUCCAGCAGCUGGAUCGUGCUCAAGAAUACAUCAACGAGGCUGAAAAGCUUGAGCCCAACAUUGUCUGUGCUUUUCUCAAGUUCAAAAUUUAUCUCCAAAAGAAUGACUACCAAGGUGCCAUUAAUCAAAUUGAAGCGAUGACUGCGUGCCUUGACUUUCAACCAGAUUUUCUCUCUCUUUCAGCCCAUGAAGCUGUUGCUUGCCGUGCUCUACCUGUUGCUGUAACUUCUCUAUCGAGUAUGCUAAACUUCUAUGCUUCAGGAAAGUCCAUGCCAACAGCAGAAGUAACAGUUCUGCGCACCUUGGUGACAGUCCUCUCUCAAGAACCGGGUAAUGAACAGCAAGUCCUCAAAUUCUUAAAACAUGCCCAUACACGCGCAUCUGAGAUUGGUCCUGAUUGCUUCUUUGGAAAAGAGGAGGUUGGAAGACGGGAGCGGAAUUGGUUUGCUGUGACUUCAUGGAACUUUGGUACAUCAACAGGGCAGGAUAAGAACUAUGAAAUGUCUGCUGAGUUCUUAAGAUUGGCAUCAGAUUUUUAUGCUCUAGUUGAAGGUUCAGAUAAUGAGAACAACGUCAUGGCUUGUAAAUCGUUAGUACUUUCUGCAUCAUCAAUGAUAGCUUUAGAAUUUCAAAGGAGAACUGCUAUGUCAGAAACUGAAGUCAAGCAAGCUUUACACUUGCUAGAUAGAGCAGGACAGAUGCUAAAAUCAAUUUCAGCCAGGAACUCUGUUAAUGGUGACCAAAUUAAUACCAGUGAGCCUGACCUUUUUUUCAUAUACACUUUCUGCGCUUAUGAUAUUCAAGGCAGGCUUAAUGACUUGGGAUCACAACUUCUCAUUGUGAGAAGUUUUGCCGGUUCUAAGGCUUGCAAACCCCAGUACCUCCUUCAGAUAGGUCUCUCUGCCUCCCAGGGGCCACGGUCAAAUCACGAAGUAGCCUCCUUUGCUUUAAAUGAAUGCCUCUCAUCUUUCCUUUCAUCACCACUUCCAGAUUAUCAAAAUGUUGCUCUUGUUAUUCGCAAGCUUAUAUCCAUUGCCAGCAUUCACAAGGGUGAUACAGAUGAUGAUUUCGUACAUAGCAUGUACAAACAAGCCUACAGAAUAAUGGUUGGUUUGAAGGAAGAUGAGUACCCAAUUGAAGAAGGAAAGUGGCUUGCCAUGACGGCAUGGAACCGAGCUGCAGUUCCAGUGAGGUUAGGUCAGAUUGAAAUGGGAAAGAAAUGGAUGUCUGUUGGUUUCGACAUUGCAAAGCAUGUCCCAGGCAUGGAAGCUUACAAAGCAUGCAUGGAAGAAGUCCUUGGCAAUUUGGAGGAAAAACUUUGA